CACCGGGAUGUCAUGCGACAUGAAACGAGCGCACAGGGCACCGCCUACCACAUAGUUAGAUUUUUGUUGCCGCAACAUAACGUUGAGCACACGGCAGGAAAAACGGUCUGCCUGUGUGUGUGUUUGUCUGUCUCUGUGUGUAUGUGUGUGUGAGUGUGCAUCCAGCAGCCUGUCAUGGCGGGAGUGCCCCCGGUGCCUGGCUCAGGAGCAGCUGCCUGUGUGACCAAGGUGGAGCUGAGCGUGUCCUGUGAGAACCUGCUGGACAUGGACACCUUCUCCAAGUCUGACCCGCUGUGUGUGCUGCUCAUGCACAGCUCGGGCUCCAACUGGUGUGAGAUUGGCCGCACAGAGAAAAUCAAAAACUGCCUGAGCCCCAAGUUUUCUAAGACCUUCGUCAUUGACUACUACUUUGAAAUGGUGCAGAAGCUGAAGUUUGAACUCUAUGACAUUGACAGCGACAUGUGCAGCUUGAAAGAUGCUGACUUCCUGGGAGAACUGGAGUGUACCUUGGGACAGAUCGUGUCCUCGAGGAAAUUUACUCGCACUCUGCUCAUGAAGGACAAGAGACCUGCAGGAAGAGGCACCAUCACUAUCUGUGCUGAAGAAAGAACAGACAGCAGGGUGGUGACGUUUGAAGUUGCAGCUAGGAAACUGGAUAAAAAGGAUUUCUUUGGGAAGUCUGACCCUUUCCUGGAAUUCUACAAGCAGACAGAAACAGGAUGGCAGCUGGCCCACAGGACAGAGGUGGUGAAGCACAACCUGAACCCAACAUGGAGACCCUUCCGAAUCCCCAUGCAGACCCUCUGUGGAGGAGAUGUGGAGAAAUCUAUAAAGGUGGACUGUUAUGACUACAACAGCAGUGGAUCUCAUGACUUCAUAGGAUCCUUUCAGGCUACACUUGUCCAGCUUCAGCAGGCAACACAGGGCUAUGGGGCAGAGUUUGAAUGCAUCAACAGUAAAAAGAAACAGAAGAAGAAAGGCUACAAAAACUCUGGCAUCAUUAUUGUAAAAGACUGCAAGGUGGUGAAGGAGUAUACCUUCCUGGAUUACAUCAUGGGCGGCUGUCAGAUCAACUUUACUAUUGCUAUUGACUUCACAGGCUCCAACGGCGAUCCCAGGACACCACAGUCCCUCCACUACAUCAAUCCUCAGGGUUAUAACGAAUACCUGGCAGCUAUCUGGGCUGUGGGCAACGUCAUCCAGGACUAUGACAGUGACAAGAUGUUCCCUGCCUUUGGUUUUGGAGCCCAGAUUCCCCCUACAUGGCAUGUGUCCCAUGAGUUUCCCAUCAACUUCGAUCCAUCAAAUCCGUUUUGUGCAGGUAUAGAGGGUGUGGUCAGUGCCUACCAGCAGUGUCUGCCACAGGUGAAGCUUUAUGGUCCCACCAACUUCUCCCCCAUCAUUAACCAUGUAGCCUGUUUUGGUAGGCAGGCCAUCCAGCAGGAAACUGCCUCUCAAUACUUUGUCCUGCUCAUCAUCACUGACGGAGUGAUCACUGACAUGGAUGCGACACGAGACGCCAUCGUCAACGCCUCCCGUCUGCCCAUGUCCAUCAUCAUUGUUGGGGUCGGGGGAGCAGACUUUACCGCAAUGGAGUUCCUGGAUGGAGACGAUGGACUUCUGCGCUCAGCUACAGGCGUGGCCGCCAUGCGAGACAUUGUUCAGUUUGUGCCUUUCAGACAGUUCCAAAAUGCUUCUCAAGAAGCUCUGGCUCAGAAUGUGCUGGCCGAGGUGCCUGGUCAGGUGGCAGGCUUCUUCAACACCACAAAGCUGAGGCCACCUAACGCCAACACCGAUGUUGCGGACUGAGUGCCCCUCAGUGCUCGUAUCCUGAACACAAUGAAAAGGAACAAAAGAAACCAAGUCUAAACACAUGGACAAUCACCCCCUCUGGACUGUGGGAGGCAAUCCCACUGUUAGCUCUGGGAUUAGCCAUCCUUUUCACCAGACACUGUUAUCCUCAACCCAAGCCAACCAAGCAAAAUCACCAAGCAACUUCACAGAAAACAUCCCAUGCCCAUUCGCUGACAUGCUUCAUCUCAUCUGUCAAUCAGCUCUUCACAUUUUGGUGAUAAAGUAUCACACCCAAAAAUCUAUUCACUGCAGAAAGUCGGACUGUAAAUAGUCUCCCUAUUGAACUACAGAAUUUGAGCUAAUAUUAUGUUUAAUUCAAACAACUGCAUUUUCCCAUGACAAUGACCACCUAUGAUGGUACAAUAUAACAACUAAGAGACAUUAUUAGCAUGUGCAUGCCCCAGCAUUUAUUAACAAACAUUUAACUCCAUUAUUUCAUGUGAUAUUAUUGCCUUCAGUGCCAGUUUUGUGAAGAAUGGCAACAAUUUCCUCUUGCGUUACACUGCACUGCAUGAGAACUGAUUCAUGUUAACCACACAUUUGUCAACAGUAUCUUAAGACUGGAACAAGUGCAUUAGACUUCAAUAAUGUUUACAGAUAACCAACUACUUACAGUAGUGUACAGGUAAAUCCUUUUGAUGCCUUAUUUUGAUUUUAUAGAUUUUACUCGUAAACUUUUGUGCAUUCAGUUAUCCUUUCAUUGCUGUUUUGUACUUGUGCCAUAAAUCUUUAUUUUUUAACCAGAUUUAUAUACUUUAUUUGUGAUUUUAAUACUUCUUGGUGUUUACACAUCUGAUCAUUAAAUAACAUCUAAAGUUGCUAGUGAAUCUUUAGUAGCUCUAUACAUUAUCAGUGCAGAGCUUUGCAUGGUACAGCUACAUAAUUAUAUAGCCUAGAUUAUAACUUUAAUCUAGCUCUGGGUUAACAAAGAAAGUAGUGUUGCUUCCCAAAGGGAAUAAUAAUUGCCAAGAACUUUAGAGACUGUUGAGCACAUGGUCUAAUAUGUUUCACAGUAGUGUAUAACUGAUAUCAGUUGUUAAAAUUAGUUAUUUGUACAAAUAAAGUUUUUAUUGAUGUGCCAAAAUAUACUCAGUCUCUUCAAAUUUAAUCAUGUUAGAGUUUAAUAACAGUAAUUAAAGAAAUAAUGUUAAGAUUUUGAAAACGUCAGCCCAUUAAUGUAAAGGCCAGUUUCAACUUUGUCCUGGAUGAUUCUGGAGGAUAGACCAGACUUAAUCUAUACCUCUGUGGAAAGCCUUUAUGGGGUUGUUUUCUUUUUCUGUUUUGCUUCUGCCAUGUCUCUGUCCUUUUUUCCCUUGUGAAAUUAAAGACAUUUUUUUUAUUAUUAUUAUUUUAACAUGAAUCCACUCACAAAUAAACAGGUCAACUAAUUGA